AUGCAACCACAACAACAAAAUAAAGUCAUUAAAAGAAUCAACAACACUCUCCAUCUACAAAAGAAAAAAAGAUCAGACAUUUCAGAAAAGUAUGUAGCAGUAAAUGCAAGUAUAAAGGAAAAUCUUAUACAAAACGCAAGGAUCAGGGUAGCUGAAAGAACAAUAGAUGGACUUCUCACAAAGAGUUCUCUAACACGGGUCAAAGUACCAGGCCAUGGGAAUUGCUUCUUUGAAGCUUCAAUAAAAUCAAGUGGAUCAAAUAAAACCGCAGAGGAAUUAAGGGAGCUAUUAAGUGAACAUCUUGAGGAAAACUCUGAGGAUUAUGCCUGCUUUCUACUCAAUAAGCACAAACCUGAUGAUGACGAAGUCUUUCUGAAUGAAUAUCUAAAUGAGCAAAUUUUGAGAAGAAAUGUGUUAUCAUUUAUACAAACGAAGAUACAACCAAAUCUUGUAGAACCAGCGCCAAGUGAUAUCAUUAACCUGGCAUAUAUUUCUAUUCCAGGACUUAUAGAACACUAUGACGCAUGUACGGUUGACAAUAACAUUGAUACACAGAACCAGUCUGUAAAUGAAGAGAAUGCAAAUGAACAUAAUAUUGACAAGCUGGUUGCUACACUAUUAAACAAAAAAGUAAAUGGUACUCCAAGAAAGUCUACACCAUUAAACGAAAAUGUCAGUGCUACUCCAAGAAAGUCUACACCAUUAAACAAAAAUGUAAAUGCUACUCCGAGAAAGCCUGCAAAUUACAACACUCCCGUGAAAAGGCAUUUAGUAAGAAAACGAAAGACUACACCAGAGAACUGGAAACGAAAUAUAAAGACAAAACUACGCUUAAGUGGAAAACAGUAUAUCUCAAAGUCAGGAAAAGUUAUAACUAUGGUGCGACGACGACAUCCAUACCAUGUGUCAUGGAUUCAGAUUCGACACAUGCGUUUUGUGAAAGACUUGCCCGAUACUAUGCUGUUCAAGCACGAUCUUAGGGAUGAUUUUACAGCGAUAAAGACCGCAAAGGACGUCAAACUCAACGAGGUUGUACCCAACAAAUACAGACAGAAACUCCCUGUCUCUGCAGCUAAGAAGAAAGACUUAAUAACAUUGUGUAAGAAUGGAGCAAUUCCUAAAGAUUAUGACGUCUUGAGUAUUACAAAAACUUACCAUCAAGUGCCCCAGUGAAGGAUAGAUUACCAGAGUCAGACAUAGAGGAAUCUGAUGGUGAUGAAUCAGACAACUAUCCGAACAUCAAUGGUUGCUUAACUAUUGUAUAUAAACGUAUUGACUGCAGAAGCGAUUCAUAAACCUAAAGAUUAUAAUUAAGAUCUAGUCAUAAUUUUAAAGGACUAUAAAAUUUAGUGAUAAAUGACAAUCUUUUGAGCAUGAAGUGAAAAGGGAACUAAAUGUUGCACAAGAUUUGAUAUCAAAAUAAUUCUAUGUCUAUUAAGAAAUGUAAAUCUCAAAGCAAAGAACAUUGUGAUAGUUUUUGAGUUUGAUGGUAUAUGAGAACCGGUUUAAUGACACGGAAUCUAUGAUUAGAUUUUGUUGAAACAGUAUGGUUUGAUGCCAUAUGGAGACUCUAUAAGACUAAAUGACCUAAUGUUCUUUGUCUGUAUGACACCAAAAUAUGCUACAACAACUGUAUAUGUUUUUGAGCAGACAUAUAUUUUAAUAAAUAACAUAA